AAAAGAUAAACUGGAAAAAAAACUACUAAAAGUAUUUGAGAAGGAGUGACAUUAAUUUUAAAUUUAUUUCUUUCCAAAGAGUUAAUUUUAGUUUCUUCAUAUCAUAUAUUCAAAAAGCAUACAAUCCAAAUGUUUUCCAGAUCCUUAGUUGCUGUUUCCAGAAGAGCCGGAGCUUCUGCUCUCAGACCUGCCGUUGCCGCUGUUACUAGAUCGGCCAUGGUUACCCCAACUGCUAUUGGAAUUACCUCAAAGAGAAUGUAUCACGAAAAGGUGCUUGACCAUUACUCAAACCCAAGAAACGUUGGUACUUUAAACAAGAAUGAUGCUGAUGUUGGUACUGGUCUUGUUGGUGCUCCAGCUUGUGGUGAUGUCAUGAGACUUCAAAUUCAAGUGGAUGACAAGACCGGAAUUAUCAAGGAUGUCAAGUUUAAGACUUUUGGUUGUGGUUCUGCCAUUGCUUCUUCUUCAUAUGUAACUGAAUUGGUCAAGGGUAAGACUUUGGAAGAAGCUCUUCAAGUUAAGAAUACUGCCAUCGCCAAGGAAUUGUCUUUACCACCAGUGAAGUUACAUUGUUCCAUGCUUGCUGAAGACGCCAUUAAGAGUGCCGUUAAGGAUUACAGAACCAAGAGAUCCAUGGCAAAGCCAACUCUUGGACCUGAAGCUGUCGCAGCCCACGCUUAAGUUGAUUCCGUCGAUCGGACUCUCUUCAAUACCAACUACACAAUAUUUAUUGUAUAUUUAUUACUCAGAUUAAGAUGUUAUGCAUUUGAAAAGAAAAGGAAAAGACGAAAUAAAAAAAAAACAAAC